AUGGGAGAGCCGAUUCAAUCACUCCCAGAGUCGGAGCAUGAGCGACGUGCUCUGGCACGAACACUGCUCAUUGAGCUUCUGGCCUACCAAUUUGCUUUUCCGGUUCAAUGGAUUGAUACACAGAAACAGUUCUUCACACGAGAUGAGGCCGUGGAGCGGUACGUGGAGGUUGGCCCAGCCAAGGUGUUAUCCACCAUGGGCAAGAAGACGGUUGCCCGCAAUCACCAGCUGCAGGACCAGCUGCGUCUGAUUCGCCGGCAGUUCCUCUCCCAUAGUGAUGACUACGCCCAGAUAUGCUAUGAAUAUGAGGAGUCACAACCAGUCGCCACCCCAGAGGCUCAACCUGCCCCUGCUGCCCCAGCACCGGUUGCCGUGGCCGCUGCUGCCCCCGUCGCUCCUGUAGCUGCUGCUCCAGUCGCAGCGGCAGUCGCAGUCGACGAUGUGCCAGCAUCUGCACUGGAUAUUGUGCUGGCCCUGAGUGCCCAGAAGCUGAAGCAGCCAUUUGACCAGGUGCCCCUACAGAAAUGCAUUCGGGACCUGUCUGGAGGUAAAUCUACGCUACAGAACGAACUUAUUGGCGAUCUUGUGGCUGAAUUCGGUGGUACACCUGACGGCUGCGAAGAUCUUCCCCUCGAAGCUGUUGGGGCAGCCCUCGAAGGCAGCUUCACCGGCCGUCCUGGCAAAGUCAUGUCUGCACUCAUCGCCCGCUUAAUCUCGGCCAGGUUCCCAGCUGGAUGGAACCAGAACAGCAUCCGCAGUCACCUUGAGACACACUGGGGGCUAGGAUCACAGCGCCAGACAGCUGUGCUCUGCUAUUCCGUCAGCCUGGACCCCUCUGCCCGGCUGGAGAGCCCCCAGGCAGCCAAAGAAUUCGUUGACAGUGUCGUGGCCCGGUACGGACGUCAUUGUGGCAUUACUAUUAGCCCAGCUGCAGCAUCUGCUGGCGGAGGUGCUGCCGCUGGUGGUGCCAUGAUAGACUCCAAGGAGCUGGAACGGCUGCGCACGGAACAGAACGACGCUUUCAAGCAGCUCCAUUUGGCACUCGGAAAGAUGCUGGAUAGCGAUGGCGAUGAGCUGGUCCAGAAGCUAGCGCACAGCGAGGAGCUGUGGCAGGAAGCCGACCAGAAGUUGGAAGCCUGGCAAGCGGAGUUUGGUGAUGGCUUUUUGACUCGCAUCUCACCCAUCUUCAACCCCCAGCGCGGUCGCAGCUAUGACGCCUGGUGGAACUGGGCUCGCGUGGAUAUCGCCUCGUUGCUGUUAGGACCUGGUAGCACUUCGAACGAGGAGAAGAUCUGGCAGGUGCUGAACCGCUCGAAUCCCAGCGCCUUCGACCUAGUCAAGUAUCACAUUGCCCACCCACUACGCCACGGCGACAAGCAGCUGCAGAUCCAGCCCUUGGAGCAGCUGUUCCAGGGCUAUCGUGACGCACUCCAGGGAGACUCCGUCUUUAUCCACCGGCUGCCACCUCUGGGACCUCGCACCACCGUCACCCCCAAGGGAGUUAUCGAAUACGAAGAGAUCCCACGCACCAUUGGUGGACGCCCAGAUAAAUACGUCGAGCUGCUCAAGCGCGGAAGCCGCUUCGAUGCCCCCAGUACUGACAGUCUGCCUUUCGUGCGCCUUUGUCGUCCCAUCGGCAGUGGCUGGAAAUACCACGAUGCCCUCACGUCCAACUACCUCGAUGCUGUCCAGGCCGCCACUUCUACCGGCAUCAGCUUCGCCGGCAAGACGGUGCUCAUCACUGGCGCAGGGCCCCAGUCCAUCGGUGCUGAGAUUACACGCGGCCUGCUAACAGCCGGUGCCAAUGUCAUCGUCACCACGAGUCGCUCCAACAUGGACUUCUACCGCAGUCUUUACCGCGACUUUUGCGGUCGGGGUUCGUCCUUGACGGUCUUCCCGUUCAACCAGGCCAGUCGCCAGGACUGCCAGGCCCUCAUUUCUCACUUAUACAACGACACUCUGGGUACUGCCGGUGACAUUGACUGCGUGAUUCCCUUCGCCGCCAUCUCCGAGAAUGGCCGACAGAUUGACGGACUCGAUGGUCUGUCAGAGGUGGCCCACCGCGCCAUGCUGGUUAACCUGCUGCGUCUCCUAGGCUGCAUCAAGCAACAGAAGGAGGCCCGUGGAUAUGGAGCCAACCCGACGCAGGUCAUUCUGCCGCUCUCACCCAACCACGGUACCUUCGGCGGGGACGGGCUCUACUCCGAGUCGAAGAUUGGCCUGGAAACACUCUUCAACCGCUUCAAGUCCGAGAGCUGGGGUGACUAUCUCACCGUGUGCGGCGCCGUUAUCGGCUGGACCCGCGGCACAGGGCUGAUGAGCGCCAAUAACAUCGUCGCAGAGGCCAUCGAGGCUGAAGACGUGAUCACCUUCUCGUCGGCUGAGAUGGCACUGAAUAUCAUGGCACUCAUGACCCCCGCCAUUGCGGAGGCCUGCGAGGACGCCCCCGUGUACGCGGACCUGGGUGGCAAGAUGGAGCAACUGGCUGACCUGAAGGGGUUGUCGACUGCCGCCCGUAAACAGGUGCAGCACCAGGCUCGCGCACGCAAGGCCAUCGCAGCCGAGGACGAGCUGCACGAGCGGUUGUUGAAGGGCCCAGAGGAGCCGAAACAGCCAACCACUGCUCCCACUACACGCAAGCCGCGUGCCAAUCUGACGGUCGGCCAUCCAGAUCUACCGGACUACCAGGCGAUGACAGCAUGUAUUCAGCUGCCUGGACGCGAAAUUAUCGACCUGAAUAAGACCAUUGUCGUCGUGGGCUACUCUGAGCUAGGACCCUGGGGUAGUGCCCGCACCCGCUGGGAUAUGGAGCGGACCGGCGAUCUCAGCCCGGAAGGGUACGUCGAGAUGGCCUGGAUCAUGGGUCUGGUCAAGCACUUCGAGGGCGACCAGCAGGGAUCUCCCUACGUCGGUUGGGUCGAUGCCAAAUCCAACCAGCCUGUGCACGAAGCCGACUUUGCGGAGAAGUAUGGCGAGUAUAUCCAUGAACACGCGGGUCUGCGCUUCAUCGAGCCCGAGCUCUACGACGGCUACGACCCAGCCAAAAAGGAGUUCCUGCAGGAGGUGGUCGUGCAGGAGGACUUGCCUGUCUUCCAGGCGACACGUGCCGUUGCAACCGCAUUCAAGACGAAGCACGGCGACAAGGUGUCUAUCUCGCCGGCUGGAGAAGACGGGGAGGAGUACAAUGUGCAGUUCAAGCCUGGGGCGCGGUUCUUGGUGCCCAAGGCGCAACCAUUCGACCGACUGGUGUCCGGCCAGCUGCCAACGGGAUGGGAUCCAAAGGCGUACGGUAUCCCAGCGGAUAUUGUGUCGCAGGUGGAUCCGAUCACGCUGUAUGUUUUAUGCUGUGUGUGCCAGGCCAUGUUGAGUGCGGGCAUUCAGGACCCCUACGAGCUGUACCGACAUAUACAUGUCUCGGAGCUGGCCAACUGCAUUGGCACGGGCGCAGGUGGGCUGAUCGCCAUGCGUGGAGUGUACCGUGAUCGGUAUCUCGAUCGUGAUGUGCAGAAUGAUAUCCUGCAAGAGUCGUUCCCCAAUGCCAUGGACGCCUGGGCUAACAUGCUGCUCAUGGGGGCGGCAGGUCCCAUCAAGUCCCCGUCAGGAACAUGUGCCACUGCCAUUGAAUCUUUGGACACGGCCUGUGAGGGCAUCCAGGCGGGCAAGGUCAAGGUGGCCCUAGUAGGCGGCACAGAUGACCUGCAGGAGGAAAUGUCGUACGAGUUCGCCAAUAUGAAGGCCACGGCCAACACAGUGGAAGAGCUUGCGCGCGGUCGGACUCCAAAGGAAAUUUCCCGCCCGACGGCCAGCUCUCGUGCAGGCUUCGUCGAGUCAGCAGGAUGCGGUGUGCAGGUGCUCAUGACGGCGCAGCUGGCACUCGAGAUGGGAGUGCCGAUCUACGGCAUUGUCGCAUACUCACAGAUGGCAGGCGACAAGAUCGGUCGCUCCGUGCCUGCCCCUGGCAAAGGAAUCCUGACAGCCGCCCGUGAGUCCACCACGACAUCGCUGUCGCCCCUUCUGGAUGCCACAUUCCGCCAGAAGCAGUUUGAAGAGGUGCGGACGCAGAUCCAGCAAGGGGCGGCUCGCCAGCUUCAGCAGGCCCGACAGGAUGGUUCGCUCUCGCCACACCUGGCCCAGGUGAUCGAAAGGGCGGCGGCGUCACAGAUCCGCCAGGCUCAGAAUCUCUACGGGUUGGACCUACGACAGCAAGAGCCUGGUAUCUCACCCAUUCGGGCAGCACUGGCUGUAUGGGGUCUCACCGUCGAUGAUAUCGCAGUGGCCUCAUUCCACGGUACCUCGACCAAGGCCAAUGAUAAGAAUGAAUCAGAGGUGAUCAACACGAUGAUGAGCCAUCUUGGUCGCACCAAGGGUAACCCAGUCAUGGUCGUGUGCCAGAAGUAUCUGACAGGCCACCCCAAGGGCGCUGCAGGGGCAUGGAUGCUCAACGGAGGCCUGCAGAUCUUGCAGACGGGAGUGGUGCCAGGCAAUCGUAACGCGGACAACGUGGACUCGGUUCUACAGCAGUUCGACCACCUUGUGUAUCCCGCAGAGUCCAUCCAGACCCGCGGAGUGAGAGCCUUCAUGCUCACCUCGUUCGGUUUCGGCCAGAAGGGCGGUCUGGUUGUGGGUGUAUCCCCACGUUAUCUAUUUGCCGCAGUGGACCAGACCCCCUACGAGGCGUAUCGCAUUAAGGCCCUUCGACGCUGUGAGAUGGCCAACCGUGCCUUCAUCGAGGGGCUCAACACGAACACCCUGUUCCAGGCUAAGACGUCGUCCGCCUGGGCGGCCGAGGAUGAGAUGCGGGUAUUCCUGGACCCGUUUGCGCGGGUUGCCGUUGACGACGGCAGCUACUAUUUCGAUGCCAAAUGCCUGCAUCCAGAUUCGGAGGACUCGGCAUCUGAGACCAGCUCCGGGGUGUUGACGGCCGUGGAGACACCCUCGACUCCCACCAGUGAGCCAUUGAUUCAUGCGUGCCAGAAAUGGGUGGAGGGAGCUGUGUCGACGGACGGAACAACCUCGGUGGGUGUGGACAUUGAGUCGGUGACUGCCAUUAAUGUCGAGAACGAGGUGUUUCUAGAGCGAAACUAUACUGAGGCUGAGAGGGAGUAUUGCCAGGCUGCGCCAGAUCCGGCGCACUCGUUUGCAGGCCGGUGGGCAGCCAAAGAGGCCGUGUUCAAGAGCCUGCAGGUACCGUCGAAGGGAGCAGGAGCUCCGCUGAAUGAGAUUGAGAUCCUCAGUGAAGGUGGUAUCCUGACUGUUCAUUUGCAUGGUGAAGUCAAGAAGCUGGCGGAAGAGAAGCAGCUGGCCAAGGUUCAGGUCAGUAUCAGUCACUCAGGCGAGCUGGCCAUGGCGGUGGCUGCGACUACAUUUGGACCAGCUGAAGGGGAGUAA